AUGACCACCAUCAGGUGUAUACUUGCUACAGGAGUAAAAAGAGGUUGGGGUUUGUAUCAGUUAGAUGUGGAUAAUGCAUUUCUACAUGGAGAUUUGCAAGAGGAAGUCUAUAUGAAAUUCCCAGCAGGAGUUAUCCCACCAUCUUCUACACAUUCAAAUUCCUCUAUCUCUAUUGUAGCUGUCUAUGUCGAUGAUAUAUUACUAACAGAUAAUGAUACAGCAGAAUUACAAGCACUAAAAGAUUUUCUUCAUCAAGAAUUUAAAAUCAAGGAUCUUGGGGACCUGCAUUUUUUUCUGGCCAUGGAGGUGAUCCGCGAACCUCAGGGGUUGAUCCUUUCACAAAGGAAGUUUACCUUUGAUCUUCUCAAGGAAUUUGAUGCAAUGAAACUGGUUCCUAUUUCUUCUCCACUUGAUCCAACAUCUAGGCUUCUUUCUAAGAUAGGGGAUCCGGUAAAAGACCCUACUUUAUAUCGUCAUUUACUUGGUAAACUGAAUUACCUAAUACAUACCAGACCAGAUUUAUCUUUCACGGUCCAGCACUUGAGCCAAUACAUGCAGGACCCGAGGAAACCCCAUCUAGAUGCUGCCUAUCGCGUGCUUCGAUAUUUGUUGAAGGAUCCUGGAUUUGGUCUUUUUAUGUCAUUUUCAUCCUCUUUUCAGCUCUUGGCAUUUUGUGAUUCGGAUUGGGCGACUUGCCCGGAUUCGCGCAAAUCAGUAAACGGAUUUUAUAUCUCACUUGGAGCUUCGCCGAUUUCAUGGAAAUCUAAUAAACAAACCUUAAUUUCUCUAAGUUCUGCUGAGGCUGAAUAUCGCUCAAUGCGACGAGUGGUUGCAGAACUUACUUGGCUG